AAGUGUAAUUAUAUUUUCAAUACAUGGGUAAUACCUGAACCUGAGAUCCAAAAAAUGAUCAGCAAGAGACUAAAGUCACUCGUAGAAGAGAUGUUAAGGAUAAGUCACAAAAGCAUAAGAAAAAGGUAAAAUCUGGUAAAGGAAUCCCCUCUUACACAGACAAUUUCACCUUAGAGUCUAAUGAAGAGUCGCCUAAAACUGCUAAAUCUGGGAGGAAAUCUUCCCAAAGUUCCAAAAAGAAAAGGAAAAAGUGUAAAAAUAGAGGUUCAAAGCAAAAGAGUGUACUGAAAGACAGUUCUUUGCAAGUGAUUUCUUCUAACUCGCAUGAAGACUCUAACAAAGUCAGCACAGUUCAGACCACUCAGAACACUCUGACUGGGCAACCUGAUUUCGAAAUAGCUGAGAAUCUCGAGAACCUCUCCGAGAUCGAUGAAGGUCUUGAUGCGAAUGAACUUGCACUUGACGGGACAGAAAGUAAAAAGUAUACCAAGACUGCUUACGAAAAGGCGGAGAUCAUGCAUGCCUGGAUCACCGAUAAGGUAUGGAAGAAGAACAAGACCAAGAAAGGAGUCACUCUUAUGACUGCUAAGGGUGAUAAUGGAGGUUUUGCCAACUACCAGACCACUGUGAUCAAUGCUCCAAUGGAUAGAUGAGUUGAAUUGAUUCAAGAUUUUGACAAUCAUUACAAAGCUAACCAAAAGCUUGAGGAGGUCAAGGUUCUAGAAGAGCUAGAUGGGCCUGAUGGCAAGUACAUCCAGAAUGCCUUAGUUCAGGCUAGAUACAUGAAAGGAAACUUUGUCAUAAAAGCAAGAGAGUUUAUUCUGUACAAAGGACUAAUUUCCCCCAAAAAUGACGAACGUAUCAUUGUGAUUUAUUCUGUCGAGCAUCCAGAUGCGCCUAGGAAUAAGAAAAAGAUCAGAGGUGAAUAUGAAGGCAUGUAUUGGUUUAAGAAGAUCUCUGAAGAUCAAACCGAACUCCAGAUUGUCUCUGAGUUCAAGCUUGGUGGAAGCAUUCCCAAUAUUGUCAUCAAUAUGGUCCAAGGUCAGAACAUUGAGGAGACUAUCUACUUCAAGAAAAUAAUGGAGAGCGCAUAACGAUACGUAUGCUGUCAAAAUAGUAAUCAUCAGGUUUCAAAUUUG